AUGCCCAUCAAGCUGCCCAAAGGCUUCACCCGGAGGAAGUCGUCGGGUAAUGUUCUAGACGACGUGGAUGGUCAACCCCAGUCCUCCUUCCGAGUCUUCGAGCGACCGGGGACCCAACAACGAUCAAUGACCGACGGCGGUCCGCUCACAAAGCGCAUGAGUGAGGGCCAUGCUAGUAUUGAGGACGAUAACAUCUUCGCCGGGUCAGAGCAUCCCUUGGGUAAAACUCGGUAUGGCCGCCCCGGGACCAUGGAAUCCCUCAGGAAACGACUGACCGGUCGCAAUGAUAGUGGUCCGACCUACGAAAGCUCAACCUCGACUCGGCUCAGUUCCUCCUCAACCCAGCCUUCAUCGACCGAAAUUUCACCGCCCGAUGAGGCUUCCUCCCCACAUUCGAGAAUCCACGACAUCCCCGCUCCGCCUCCGCUCGCAGGGGCCCUCCGAGCCGCGGGUAGGACGUUCUCCUUCGGGGGACGCUUCAAUAAGAACUCGACACCCCCUGCUCCCCCUCGACAUGCCACGCCGGAGGUGCCCAAGCAGCGUGCCUACAGCGGUAGCACGGACGACACAGCCACCCCGCCCAGGUUACCUGAUUCGCAAUUGAAUCUCGAUCUCGGAACAGGGGGUGAUGACUUCGGAAAGAUGUUUGACAACUUAGGGAAGCGAGCAAGUGCCUUGUUGCGGCACCCUUCUCCGCAACGAGCUCAACAGUACUCCUCGUCUCCACCUACGCAAGCCCUGCCGGAGUUUCAAGCAACUGACAAUAAAGCUGGACGACCUACUCCCAUUAAUACAGACCGAUCGGUGCCCGUCGAGCCCUCCCCGUAUUCAUGGGGUAGCCGUCACUCUGGCGACAACUUGCUGAAAAGCCCCGCCAGCGACAAGGUUACUUCGCCGGCUCGUUCGCCACCCGAGACUGUUACAACUUUCCGCAGACCGUCACCGUCGCCGGCCCAGAUGCUCGGCGCGACUACUUCACACCGGGCGUUGGAGAAGCCCGGCAGGCGGCCGUCGGAUGGCUUGCGGAGGAGUGGAAUCUACUCGGUGGAACAGGACUCGAACGCUAUUGAUGAUGAAGAUGCCAAGAUGGUCCGACAAUCUGUGCUGUGGACUAAAGGCUCCUCGCCUAGGUGGGAAGAGGGUACUUCCCUGUCAGGUGACACGCCCUUUGACAAGGGCAAGGCCACUAGUCCUGCAUACUUGAGUCCGACUGCGGACGAGGGCUUAUUUGCAAGACGUUCCCCCGCCCCGAGUGAUCACGAGCUGGACGAUGCGCGAUUGGCCGUUCAGUUCGCCGAGAGCAUGCCCAAGUCUACAUCUCCAGCCAAUGGCAAUAAGGUGAUGACUCCGUCUCAAUUCGAGCAUUACCGCCAGCAGCAAGAACUUCGACGGUCCAAUAGUGAUGCCACGAAGAGCGAUGAGGAAUCCGAGCAUGAAGAAUUUGAUAACGACGAAGAUGAAGUAGAGAAGCAGCGGGCAGCGGAGCGGCAACGACGAAAGCAAGAGGCUCACCUCUCCCUCUAUCGGCAGCAGAUGCAAAAGGUGACGGGCCAGCAAGCUUCCUCCCCCAUGCUCCGUCCGGAAAUGGCUUCAGCCAGCAGCAGCACUCCCAACCUUCCCAACCGCUUAUCCAACCCGGGCGAAAAGUCCUCUAGCGGGAAGAGCAGCAACGAGGAGGAUGACGAGGAGAUCCCGCUUGGCAUUCUGGCAGCCCAUGGCUUCCCCAAUCGCAACCGUCCCCCGACUCGCUUGGCCAAUGUCAGCUCUCAUCCGAACCUUCGCGCGUCGAUGCACCCGUAUUCUUCGUCGUCUACCUCUCUGGCCGGCGCGGAUGCUGGCAACAGGGGCAGUCUACCUGUCUUUGCCAGAAACUUGCCUCAGGAUCCCUACUUUGGUGCUCGUAUUGUCAACCAAACCAACCGCGAAUCCCUGGCUUUGGGUGGUGGCUCUGGCUCCGUUUAUGGAGGUGCUUCUUCCCCUGUCCCUCCCCCGGGUGGUCUUGUUGGUGUGAUUGCCAAUGAAGAGCGGAACAGGGCAGCUCGACGUGCAGGUGGAAGUCCCAACCAUUUGGCAAUGUACGAGCAGAUGCAAAUGGGGAUGGGCAAUCCAGGCGGCGUUCCUCGGCCUUACUCGAUGAUGGGGCCGCAGCCAAUGACGCCCAACGAGCAGGCUCAGCUGAACCUUUCCAACCAGAUGCAGAAUAUGAUGCAGAUGCAGAUGCAGUGGAUGGGACAGAUGAUGCAAAUGCAGGGCAUGCAGGGUAUGCCGGGUACUCCUCCGAUGAUGGCGGGUGCCAUGCCACCGCAGAUGAUGGGAGGAAUGCCCAUGCAGGGUGGCCCUAUGGGUCCUCCUUCAAUGUCUGGCCACCCUAUGGCGGGUUCUCCCUCCGUCAUGGGCCUAAAUCCCAAUCUGAGGCCGAUGUCCAUGCAGGGCCCGCCUGGCGCUAUGGCACCGAACUUUGAGCAGCAGCGUACUCUCAGCAUGCUUGAUCCCAAUAUUGCUGCGCGACGAGGUUCACCGUUGCCCCAUCUUCCCGGCGGACCACCCUUCAGACCCAACACUGGAGGUUACGCCGCUUCCAUCGCACCCUCGGAGCGCAGCAAUGCCGGUCUGGCAUCCCGAUAUCGACCUGUGUCGGUGAUGGGAGGUGAGCCUGCCCCCGGCGUCUCAGCCGUGCACAAGGGCUGGAACGACGAGAACAACCAUCAAUCGUCCCUGUCCGUUACCCAGUCCCACAUGGGUCUGCCCAAGUCGUCUUCGCUGGCAACCGUGACUGUGCGACCCGUGUCCCGAACAAGCCAGUCCCCUGCCGGCCGCAAGCCAUCUGCUUUAGAUGACGAUAAUGACGACGAGGGCUGGGCUGAUAUGAUGAAAAAAAGAGACAAGAAGAAGAGCGGUUGGAAGUUGAAGCGAGGCACGUCCUCGCUGGGUGAUCUCUUGAGUGCCGUGCACUAA